CUCUGCUCGUGGGGCUCCUCAAUGCCCUUCUCACUCUUCUUUUCCUUUUCUUUUCUGAGCCUUUUCACAUGAUUCUGUGUCUGCUUUGAAAGUGAUCCUCAGAAGAAGAAAUUAAUUAGAAGAAGAAGAAGCCAAGCAAUAAUGGUGAAGGAAACCGAGUACUACGAUGUCCUCGGUGUCGCUUCAUCGGCUUCCGAGGACGAAAUCCGCAAGGCUUACUAUCUCAAGGCAAGGCAAGUUCAUCCGGAUAAAAAUCCCAACGAUCCUCAGGCUGCUGAAAGAUUUCAGGUACUGGGUGAAGCGUAUCAAGUUUUGAGUGAUCCUGUUCAAAGAGAUGCAUAUGAUCGAAAUGGAAAGUAUAGCAUAUCCAGGGAAAGUAUGCUCGAUCCCACAGCGGUGUUUGCGCUUCUCUUCGGAAGCGAAUUGUUUGAGGACUACAUAGGACAUCUGGCUGUAGCAUCAAUGGCAUCUUCUGAACUAGUUGGAGAGAAUGAAAACCCUGAGAAACUACAUGAUAAGUUGAAGGCAGUUCAAAGAGAGAGAGAAGAAAAGCUAGCAAGGUCAUUGAGAGAUUUUCUGUAUCAGUAUGUACGAGGCGACAAAGAAGGGUUCAUAAAACGCGCUGAAUCCGAAGCCAGACGACUCUCGGAUGCAGCUUUUGGAGUUGAAAUGUUACACUCCAUUGGCUACAUAUACUCGAGACAAGCAGCACAAGAGCUAGGAAAGAAAGCCAUAUAUUUGGGAGUGCCGUUCUUGGCCGAAUGGGUUCGCAACAAAGGACACUUUUGGAAGUCCCAGUUAACUGCUGCAAAAGGUGCUUUUCAGCUAUUGCAACUUCAAGAGGAUAUACGACGACAGUUUAAGGUGGACGGAAGUGUCCCUGAAAACGAUGUGGAAUCCCACAUACGCCAAAACAAAGACACAUUGAUGAGCUCCUUGUGGAAGUUGAAUGUUGUGGAUAUUGAAGUAACUCUUUUACAUGUUUGCCAAUUGGUGCUUCAUGAAAACAAUAUUAAAAAGGAGGAACUUAAAGCUCGUGCUCUUGCUCUGAAAAUUCUAGGCAAGAUAUUUCAGGAUGAAAAGCUAGCAAGAAAUGGUGGAACAUCAAGAAGGAAGAAUGCCGCUGAGAUAGACGACGACGAAAGCAGUUCCGAUAGCGAUGAUGAUUCAACGAGGCCACUUUCGUACCGAACCCCUUUUCUAACUCAGGGUCUUGGAAGACUGUUCAGAUGCCUGUGCAACCCAGCAUUUGAUGUGGAUGAUGAAGAGAUUGUGUACAAAAGCAAAUGAAAUAUACAAGGGCACUACUCUAACGUUGUACAUGUAUGGAAAUGGCAACACAACUUGUAUUAGUAAUGGACCUAGUCAUGCUCAAACGAUGGGAGUGUAAAUGAAAAAACCAACAUAAGAGAAGGGUCUCUAGUGCAUUAAUUGCAAGUCUCUAUCGUUUUUUUUUUUUUUUUUUUUUUUUU